AUGGCUCAUGUCCGUUUGAUUGGAAACAAUACUUCUUUGCAUGCUUCUUCCUCCAUGGUUGAUUUAUGUCUUCUAAAAUCUUUGCGGAUUUUGUUGAAUUACUUUUGCGCUCCCAAAAUUAUUGAAGUCCUUUGGCAACCCCCUGUUCUAGACUGGGUUAAGUGUAAUUGCGACGGUUCGUUUGAUAACAAUUCUAUUGGUUGUGGCGGCAUCUUCGCCGAGCCUACUUCGGAUCCUAAUUCCUUACAUGCAGAAUUCUCUGCGGUUUUUAGAGCCAUUGAGUUAGCUAGAGAUAGAGCAUGGUUGAAACUUUGUAUUGAGUGA